UAUCGCAUUGAAUUGCAGCAACUUCUGAUAUACUCAAGUUAUGAAAUGGAUUGAUUUUAAGGAAUGUGCAAUUUUUUGAAUCAUACCAAUAUCGCAUAUCGGUCGGCAAUCAUAAUAUUAGCAGUGAUAAUUUAGCACCAUGGAAUAAAAUGCUAGCGCAUGGGGUUGGUCACGUUUGCCAUUUACAGAACAGUUGCUCAACACAGAAAUUCUUGAGUGGUACAUUUCUUGACCAAAUAAUGACCUCAGAUAAUGUUCCAAAUUCAUAUAAAUUUAAGCCGUCGGGCACAGGGAACACUAGUCUUAAUCGGGGCUUCACAAUAAUACCGAUCAAAGCAUUUCCAUUCUGUCUGACGAUAGAAAAUGAAGUUUUAUUUACUCUCCGUCGCCUUAUUGGUGACAAUUGCUCUCGCCAAGAAGGAAAAAGCGGACAAAACAUUUCUCAAGAAGCAACAAUCCAUCCUCAAACUGACGUGGCGUCUCAGCCAAGCUAAUGACGAUGUCGAACAGGCCGAAAUUUCCCAAAACUACAACCCACUCGACAAUCUUACCUCUUACAGUAAUCCCGACACGGUCCAGACCCUAUUUGAAGCUGUGAACAGUGGAGAGUACAAAGCACGUGGAGAAAUCUUCAACCUUUUCGCUGAAGAGGAUAGAAAACAAGCCGUCGAACUUUUUGAAGUUCUCCAUUUCGCUAAAGAGUGGGAUCUAUUUUACAAGACUGCAGUUUUCGCCAGGGACCGUGUGAAUGAGGGUCAGUUUUACUACGCUUUUAUGACUGCAGUUCUUCAUCGGAAUGAGGGAUUCGUAUUGCCACCACCUUAUGAAGUUUUUCCACAUUUGUUUACAAAUUCUGAUGUUAUCAGGCAAGCUUAUAAGGCUAAGAUGACUCAAACUCCCACCAUCAUUCCGAUGAACUUUACCGGCACCAUACGCAAUCCAGAACAGAGAGUCUCCUACUUUGGUGAGGACAUUGGGCUCAACGCUCACCACUCCCACUGGCACGCUGACUUUCCGUUCUGGUGGGACUCCGACAAAUACGGUGGUCCAAAGGAUCGUCAAGGGGAAUUAUUUUGGUACACGCAUCACCAACUCACCGUUCGUUUCGAUGCAGAGCGUCUCUCCAAUGGACUCCAAGAAGUUGAAGAACUCCAAUGGGACAAACCAAUUCUGGAAGGAUUCGUCCCAAAGGCUACCUACAAAAAUGGCCAAGAGUUCCCAUCCCGCCCGGACAAUAUGAUCUUUCAAGAUUUGCCUCACAUAACGGUGACUGACAUGAAGCACUACGAACUCCGAAUUCGGGACGGGAUUGCUGCAGGAUUUUUGAAGGAUAAGGAGCACAACGCAAUUUCAUUAAAUAACUCGGAUGGAAUUGACAUUCUCGGGAAAGCGAUGGAGUCUUCGGCGGAUUCUAUUAAUCCCAAUUAUUACGGAAGUAUUCACAAUAUGGCGCACGUUUUCUUGAGUAAAGUUACAGAUCCAAAAAAUAAGUAUGGGCUCGCACCCGGUGUAAUGGAACAUUUCGAAACUGCCACGAGGGAUCCUGCCUUUUUCCGCUUGCAUAAAUACAUGGACUUUUUAUUCAAGGAACACAAGGACUAUCUUGUUCCUUACACAAGAGAAGAAAUCGAUUUUCCUGGCGUUCGUGUAGACAGAUUUGAAGUGAAGACCAUAAUUGAUAAGGCCGACCGAAAUAAUCUUGUCACGUACUUUGAUACGGACCACAUUGACCUCGCCAACGCGAUGGACACGUCAGAAACUGCGAAGGACGUUGAAAUCAAGGCGCAAGUCUCACGGCUGACCCAUAUCCCAUUCAAUUAUGAAAUAGAGGUUAGUGCUAACUCUGCAGCUACAGCGGUUGCAAGGGUCUUCCUCAUGGUGAAGAAUAACUGGUAUGGUGAAGAAAUGAAGAUUGAGGAGGCAGGAUGGGGGGCCAUGGAGUUGGAUAAGUUCAGCGUAAAGCUUUUCUCUGGACUGAACACCAUAAAUCGGUCCAGCGUCGAAUCUUCCGUUGUCUUAAAUGAACGGAAGGGUUACAAACAACUACUCGCUGCUGUUGAGGACGCCCUGGAAGACCGAGGUGAAUACUUUGUGGACAAGCAGCAACGGCACUGUGGCCUUCCUCGAGGCCUUCUAAUCCCAAAAGGGACGUCAGAAGGAAUGGCAUUUCGUCUUUUCGUAAUUUUCACCGACUACGAAAAGGAUAUUCACGCUGACAGCUUCAAAAGUGGACGCGACAGUCCUCACUCGUAUUGUGGAAUUUUAGGGGAUAAAUACCCCGACAAGAGACCGCUUGGAUUUCCCUUUGAUAGAAAAAUUCAAUCUUGGGAACUUUUUGAAACAGAAAAUAUGAAAGAUAUCGAGAUUACUAUUAAACACAAAAGUCUCUCGAAAGUAGAUUUCUCUCCUGAAGAAAUCUCGCAAAUAAAAUCAACUUGGUCCGUGAUAAGAUCUGACCCGACUGGAAAUGGGGUCACCCUUUAUCUAAAUUGGUUCCAAUCUCUUCCAGAAACUCAAAAGCAGUUUAAACGUUUCUCAAAUAUUACGAGGGAGCAGUUAAGCACGAAUGAAGCUUUUCGGACGCAGGCUACCGCAACUAUUACGAGAUUGGAUGACAUCAUUUCUAGCAUUGAUCAUCCUACAGAAUUUUGUACAAAGAUGAAAAAAUUAGCCGGAGAUCAUAAAUUCAGGGAUGCGAACACUAAGAAUUUCAGAGAUAUGACCAAUAUUUUUGUUGAAGUGAUUCGAAAACUCACCGGCAAAACCUUAUUCACUCCGGCGGCUAAUUCCGGCUGGAAAAAAGUUUUCGCCCGUCUCAUCGAAAAGAUUGAAGAAGAAACAAGUUUCACUCAUGGACACAUUGCCAAAGUCCAACUCACUCCGGACGAAAUGAUCGCCAUAAAGCGAAAUUGGGAAGUAAUUCAUCAAGAUUUGACUGGAAAUGGGAUGGAUAUGUAUCUCCAUUGGUUCGCUGCUUUUCCGCAUAUGCAAAAGGUUUUCAAGAAAUUUGCCCAAGUUCCAAGGGAUCAAUUGAAAACAAAUGACGCCUUCAAAGCCCAAGCUACAGUGACGCUGCAUUGGAUCGAUGACAUGAUUGAAGCAAUUGACAGUCCCAGUGACAUGGCAGCUGUGAUGAAGAGAUUGGGAAGAAUGCAUCAAACUAGGCACACGAAUAUUUAUGACUUUAGGGAAAUGGUCAAGAGAAUUCAAGAAGUUAUUGGAACAAAGGUUGGCGAAGGAUACACUCCAGCAGCUGAAUCUGGAUGGACAAAGCUUUUCGCAAAGUUGGUUGAAAAUAUUGGUGACGGCUUAUCUGAGAAACAUUAAAUUUAUAUUUAUCAGGAAACAAAUUGUAUUCAUUAUUUGAUUCAAUAAAAAUCUCGUAUUUCUCUGUAAAA